CUCUAACACUUCACAUACGCAACAUAAUUUUUUUUACGGAGAUAUUUCUUAUUCUUAAUCUAUCAUAUAUGUAUUUUUGUUAUCUGCAUUUAUUAACUCUUGUUUCAACAAAGCUUAAGAUUUGUGUUUUCUAAUAUCUUUAAAUUCUGCGUGCAUGAAACAGAGAUGGAUGUACGGUACACAAUUUGAUUUCAUGUAGAGUAUGAUGGCAUUCAAAGGUCCCAAGAACAAAUUUGAUCAUGAGCAUAAACCUAAACCUAAACGACAAAAGGCACUUGAAGCUCCAAAGGAGCCUCGACGACCGAAAACUCAUUGGGACCAUGUAUUAGAAGAGAUGGUGUGGUUGUCAAAGGACUUUGAAUCAGAGAGGAAAUGGAAACUAGCUCAGGCCAAGAAAGUUGCUUUGAGAGCCAGCAAAGGCAUGUUAGAUCAGGCUACCAGAGGUGAAAAGAAGAUGAAGGAAGAAGAGCAACGCUUACGGAAAGUUGCGCUAAAUAUUUCUAAGGAUGUUAAGAAGUUCUGGACAAAAAUAGAAAAGCUGGUUCUUUAUAAGCACCAAAUGGAGCUUGACGAGAAGAAGAAAAAGGCACUUGACAAACAGCUUGAGUUUCUUUUAGGGCAAACUGAGAGGUACUCGUCAAUGCUGGCAAAGAAUCUUGUGGAUCCUUAUAAACCGGUUGAGAAAAGUUCUGCUGAGCAUCACAUGAGUAGUCAAUACAAGGAUAUAGAUACAGACAUUAUCAAUGAACCCGAGGAAGCUGAUGUUGAGCAUCAGUUGGAUGCACCUGAUGAUGAUGAAGAAUAUGAUGUACAAUCUGAUGAUGAAUCGGAGGAUGAUGAGCAAACCCUUGAGGAGGAUGAGGCCCAUAUAACCAAAGAAGAAAGACAAGAGGAAUUGGCAGCUUUGAAUGAUGAAAUUGAUCUUCCAAUUGAGGAGUUACUCAAGCGUUAUGGUGGCAGGAAUGAUGAAUCUGCAAGUCAAGAAAGUAGUCCAGAGCAUAGUGAAGAUGGUGAUAAAAUAGCUAGAAGUAGUGAUGAAAAUGGAGAUGCUUUAUGCACCAAGGAAACUGGUACAGGCGACUCUGGCAUGGACCCUGGUCGACGCUGUGGAGAAAGUGUUGGUGACGUAGCUACUCCAGUAAACAAUGGUGAUGUUGCUAUUCCGAUAAACAAUCAAUCUGAAAAUAUUAAGGAGGUUUCUAGUGAGAUGGCUAAUGAAGAUACUACCCAUGGCUUUACUGAUGAAGAGGAUGAUGGUGACUUCUUGCAAACAACAGAGGACAAGGAUGAUGAAACAACCUUAUCCGAGGAGGAAAAAUUGGAAAAAGUAGAUAUCAUUGAUCCCAAUGAUGAGAUUGCAUUAUUGCAAAAGGAGAGUGACAUGCCUAUUGAGGAACUACUUGCAAGGUAUAAAAAGGACCUGAGUGAUGAUGGACAUGGGGAUGAAUCUGAUUAUGCUUCUCCUUUAUCUGAGCACCAUGAGGACUCUUCAAGCAAUGAAGAUUCUGGACAGAAGGAUGUUGCUGUCCCUAUGGAAGAAGAUAUCAAGUCUGAGAACCUUCCUGCUGUUCAACCUCAGGAAAAAGAAUGGGAAGUACCUCAUGAAACUUCAGAAAAAGGAGAAGGCGAGUAUAAUAUAUCUGACGCAGCUGCUGCAGCAAGAUCAGCUCAACCAACUGGAAUCACCUUCUCUACAACUAAAGUGCGUACAAAGUUCCCUUUUCUACUGAAGUACUCUCUUCGCGAGUACCAACACAUUGGAUUAGAUUGGCUUGUCACAAUGUAUGAAAAGAGACUGAAUGGAAUUUUGGCCGAUGAAAUGGGGCUUGGCAAAACAAUUAUGACUAUAGCUUUGCUUGCUCAUCUUGCUUGUGAAAAGGGAAUAUGGGGUCCACAUCUAAUCGUGGUGCCAACUAGUGUGAUGCUUAACUGGGAGACUGAAUUUCUGAAAUGGUGUCCUGCUUUCAAAAUUUUAACUUACUUUGGGAGUGCAAAGGAGCGGAAACAUAAAAGACAAGGAUGGUUGAAACCAAACUCAUUUCAUGUGUGCAUAACAACCUAUAGAUUAGUCAUUCAGGAUUCCAAAGUUUUUAAGCGCAAAAAGUGGAAAUACUUGAUCUUAGAUGAAGCUCAUCUCAUUAAAAACUGGAAGUCACAGAGAUGGCAAACACUCUUGAAUUUCAACUCAAAACGGCGUAUUCUCUUGACUGGCACACCAUUGCAGAAUGAUCUCAUGGAGCUGUGGUCUCUCAUGCAUUUUUUGAUGCCACAUGUCUUCCAAUCUCAUCAAGAGUUUAAGGAUUGGUUUUGCAAUCCUAUAUCUGGGAUGGUAGAGGGAGAGGAGAAAGUUAACAAGGAGGUUGUUGAUCGCCUGCAUAAUGUUCUUCGUCCAUUCUUACUCCGCCGGUUGAAGCGAGAUGUGGAAAAGCAACUUCCAUCGAAACAUGAGCAUGUCAUAUACUGUAGACUGUCAAAGCGGCAGCGUAAUUUAUAUGAAGACUUCAUUGCUAGUUCAGAGACCCAAGCUACUCUUGCAAGUGCCAACUUUUUUGGGAUGAUUAGUAUUAUAAUGCAACUUCGUAAGGUUUGCAAUCAUCCUGACCUAUUUGAGGGUCGUCCUAUUGUCAGUUCCUUUGACAUGUCGGGUAUUGAUGUUCAAUUAAGUUCUUCUAUUUGCUCCAUGCUUUUUCCUAAUCCCUUUUCAAUAGUAGACCUAAAAGGCUUAGGCCUCCUAUUUACUCAUCUUGAAUAUAGCAUGACUUCUUGGGAGAGUGAUGAAGUGCAAGCCAUUGAGACCCCUUCUAGUUUAAUCAUGGAACGCACUGAUAAGGGUGACCUGGAGGUAAUUAAGCCUUGGUCAAAAUGUCGAAAAAAGCUACAAGGAACAAACAUUUUUGAAGAGAUCCGCAAAGCAAUUUGGGAAGAGAGGUUGAAAGAGGCGAAGGAACGUGCAGCAGCUAUUGCAUGGUGGAACUCCUUGAGGUGUAAAAGAAAACCCAUCUACUCCACAAGCCUAAGGAAUCUUGUUACUCUAAAGCAUCCUGUAUAUGAUAUUCAUCAAGUUAAGGAAAACCCUGUUUCAUAUUUGUACUCAUCAAAGCUGGCCGACAUUGUUCUAUCACCAGUCGAACGAUUUCAGAGGAUGACUGAUGUGGUUGAAAGUUUCAUGUUUGCCAUUCCAGCAGCACGAGCACCCUCUCCAGUUUGCUGGUGCAGCAGAAGUGGGGCAACUGUGUUUCUGCAUCCAUCUUACAAGCAGAAAUGCUCUGAAGUUCUGUCACCAUUACUGUCACCAAUCAGGCCUGCAGUUGUUCGUAGGCAAGUGUAUUUCCCAGAUAGGCGUCUGAUACAAUUUGACUGCGGGAAAUUGCAAGAACUCGCAAUAUUGUUGAGGAAAUUAAAAUCAGAAGGUCACCGUGCUCUGAUAUUUACCCAGAUGACAAAGAUGCUUGAUGUGCUGGAAGCAUUCAUUAAUUUGUAUGGUUACACUUACAUGAGAUUAGAUGGAUCAACUCAACCAGAAGAGAGGCAGACCUUAAUGCAGCGCUUUAACACUAACCCCAAAUAUUUUCUUUUUAUCUUGUCAACCCGUAGUGGGGGUGUUGGUAUCAACCUAGUUGGAGCUGACACUGUUAUUUUUUACGAUAGUGACUGGAAUCCAGCUAUGGAUCAACAGGCUCAGGAUCGUUGCCACAGAAUUGGUCAGACACGUGAAGUUCAUAUCUACAGAUUGAUUAGUGAAAGCACCAUUGAGGAAAAUAUCUUAAAGAAAGCAAAUCAGAAGCGUGCUCUUGACAAUCUUGUAAUUCAAAGUGGGGGUUAUAACACUGAGUUCUUCAAGAAGCUUGAUCCUAUGGAACUAUUUUCAGGCCAUAGAACACUUCAGAUUAAAAAUAUGCUGGAGAAAUCCCAGAACAAUGGGGAAGUGUCUGUAACUAAUGCAGACCUAGAGGCUGCAUUAAAAUGUGUGGAAGAUGAAGCAGAUUAUAAUGCAUUAAAGAAAGUUGAGGAGGAAGAUGCUGUUGACAACCAGGAGUUUACAGAAGAAGCCAUUGGGAGACUUGAAGAGGAUGAGUAUGGAAAUGAAGAUGAUAUGAAGGAUGAUGAGCCUGCUGAGUUUGGUGAAUCUGUGUCCAACUUAAGUAAACAGAAUGCAGUAAUGUCAAAUGGAGAUCCCAAGGAAGAUGCAAUGGCCACUGUUUCUUUAAAAGAAGACGACGUUGACAUGUUGGCCGAUGUAAAACAGAUGGCUGCAGCUGGGCAAGCUAUCUCUGCCUUUGAGAAUAAGUUGCGUCCUAUAGAUCGUUAUGCCAUUCGUUUUCUGGAGCUUUGGGAUCCAGUUAUAGAUAAAACAGCCUUGGAAUCUGAAGUCAGGAUUGAGGACACGGAAUGGGAGUUGGAUCGCAUUGAAAGGUAUAAGGAGGAGAUGGAAGCUGAAAUUGAUGAAGAUGAGGAACCUCUUGUAUAUGAAAAAUGGGAUGCUGAUUUUGCAACUGAGGCAUAUCGACAGCAAGUAGAGACCUUGGCUCAACAUCAGUUGAUGGAGGAACUAGAAUAUGAAGCUAAACAGAAAGCGGAAGCUGAGGAAGAAAAUUCUAAAAAGACUCCUGGUGAUUCAAAGCCCAAACCGAAAAAGAAACCCAAGAAAGCAAAGUUUAAAUCUCUGAAGAAAGGAUCUCUAAACUCUGGCACGAGACCUGUAAAAGAAGAGCCACAGGCAGAGCCAAUGACUAUAGAUGAUGAUGUUGUCAGUAGUCUUGCUCUUGUAUCCCCAAAUUCAGCUAUGCAGAAAAAACGGAAGAAACCUAAAUUUACAAGUGAUGGUGAGGAAGAAAAGAGAUCAAAGAAGUCAAAAAAAUCCAAGAGGGAUCUUCCUGAUGUUUUUGCUUCAGAUUUAGAUUCCAACUUAUUAGUUAUGCAUGAUGAAAAUGCAGAGACUCUGGUUGAGAAUGAACAGAAAACGUCAAGCAGAAAUAAGAUGGGAGGGAAAAUAUCCAUCACUCCAAUGCCAGUGAAAUGGAUCUUGAUGAUAAAACCAGAAAAAGUGAAAAAGGGAAAUCUUUGGUCCAAAGAUUGUAUCCCACCAGCAGAUACUUGGUUACCUCAGGAAGAUGCAGUAUUAUGUGCAGUUGUUCAUGAAUAUGGUUCUAACUGGAGUUUGGUUAGCGAAACGCUUUAUGGCAUGACUGCUGGUGGGGCAUAUCGGGGAAGAUAUCGUCAUCCUGUCCAUUGCUGUGAGAGGUUUAGAGAACUAUUCCAGAAAUAUGUCUUAUACUCGGUGGAUGCCACAAAUAAUGAGAAGACAAACAAUGCUGGUUCUGGAAAAGCCCUUCUUAAAGUUACAGAGGAGAACAUUCGCAUGUUGUUAGAUGUUGCUUCUGUGCAACCCAAUAGGGAAUUACUACUGCAGAAGCACUUUUAUGCACUGCUUUCUUGUAUCUGGAAGCUUUCAUCACAUGCUGACCGAAGGCAAAAUCCAUCAGCUACCUCUAAUGGUCUCUGUUUUGAUAAGAGUUUCUUUAGUUCUGUUGGCCAGCAUUCACAGAAUUCCUUGAAGAAAUCCUCUGAAAGGAUGACAUUCAGUAAUUCGGCCCAGUGCAAGAAGUUAGUAGCUUCUGCACUUGAUGACACCAGAGGUAGGCAAGAGAGUGACCAAACCUUACUCUCUAACUGCAGUGAAGACAAACCCAUGCAAGUGAGUACAGAUCAGAUGGAUAUAACACUGGAGUUCCAGAAAGAGGAGAGUGAUGCCUUGCCUUCAUUUCCAUCUGUUAUAAAUUUAUCAAUACAAGAUACAGAACUGUUGCCAUCUGUAAAUAAGCAAACAGGAGAAGAUGGUCACUUUAGAGUCUUUACUUCUAUUGCUGAGAAUCGUUUCAGGGAGGCAGCAAGAGCAUGUAAGGAAGACAGUUCAGCAUGGGCUUCGUCAGCAUUUCCAACAAAUGAUACAAGAUCCAAACCUGGGUCCAGGAUACAAUCAUUGGGAAAGCAGAAGUUUUCUAACACUGACACUGCUAAGCCUUCUAAGUCAAAGUCUAAAAGAGCCUUCACUGAUCCUAGUGAGACAAAUCACCAACAGACUGAUCCUUCAUUCCUCUCAAUGCCAUCACUUAAAGAUCUGAGAUUUGAUCUCAAUGCAGCAUCCACUAUGGAUGACAUUGUAGUUGAUGAUUUGCCUAGUAGCAGUCUGCCCUUUGUCCUCGACGUGGAAAAUUCAUUUGAUGAAACGGAGAGUUUUGGAGCAGUCCCGCAUGAUUAUGUAGCUGGUUUAAUCUCAGAUCUUGAUGAUUGCACAUCAUUCCCAGAAUUUAACGACAUUGGUUAGGGUCAAACCACGCCUGGAAAGCAAUUUCUGUAUGACCCCUCCUUGCCAUUGAAGGACUGGCAUAAGGCUGGCAGGUUGUUUUUGGACAGUCCACAAAUUCCGGUGGGAUACAUAAUCGGAACAGAAUGUUCUUACAUGAUCUAUUGAUCUAACAGGCCUGCCAUUUUUGGGUAUAUAAAUAAUAUGAUAUAGAAAAAAGGUCAAAGUGAACUGGCAGGUUUUGCAGCUUACACGUUGUUGAAUGAGGAUUCAAGCAAGCCUGCGGCAUGUUUCUGGAUUUGAAGAGCGCUGUCGAUAAUUUAAUUUUUUACCGAGAAAUUUUUUGUUGGUUUGAGGCUUCAAUUCAAAUCUGGCAGCACCAUUUUCCCCUAGGAACAAACGUAGGUAGGUACUGAUUGGCAUACAUGAAAGUUGGACUGAAAUGAAGUGCCUGGUUUGGUGUGCAUACAUACAUACCCAGGUAGAUGUGAUUUUAGAUGGCAUGCCCUUGUUGCAGUUCUUUCGUUUGCCAACAUUGUGUUGUACAUGGUGAGGAGGGAAAAAAAGAGAAGUGCCUUUCAGUUGCUGUUGAUUUAUGAUACUUAACAACAUUUUUCAUGAUGGGAAAAUGGUUUACUCCAUUUUGGCAUUUACUAUGCUUGGAACCUGUAAAUAAUUUAACAUAGAUCCUUUUUUGUAUUCAAUUCGGAAACUAUGAUCACUAAAAAGAGCAUUACUGUUUCAGAAAGAAGAUCAUUUUUUUUAA